AUGGGAAUCGACAAUCCAUGGAUGAAUACAUCAACUGUUCGUAGCUACGUACCGUCUGAUUUUUCAUAUGCUCAUCUGUUAUCGCUUGAUCCGAGAUCAUCAAGUGGAAGAAUUCUGCAGGAUAUUGAAGUUAAUGUAUUGAUGAGCAGAAAAACUUUGGCAGAGGAGUCUGAAAUUAAUAUCUUAGAAGAGAGUCAUACUCUUAACCGUGAACUGCAGCAUGAGUUGGAAGAUACCUUGCACCCCACAGAAGAUAAUGAGGCAACAAAAGAGCUUAAGAAGUCUGGAAGUGAUAGGAAACAAGAUGCCCCAGAAAUAAAGCUUCCAUCAGAUGUCGUUCCAUUCUCGGAUGAAUGGUUACCUGCGCUUGAAGCAGCCGGAGAGGUAAUAGUUGUCCUGCAAAGCUUUUUAGUGCAUGCACACUAUAACUAA